UCCGUCAAGUGUUGUCAUUCUGUGAACCAAAGUUACCGGACAACGUAUGUAUGAACGCGACGCACCUCGGCCAGCUUGCAUAAAGUCAUGAAAGUUGGAAGCCCAGCGACUGUGUAACGAAACACUGAACCUUUUUGAAGGAUGGCAUGGAGAUUAAGGAAUGUGUGCUGUAGCCAGCUAUUGCUGAAGCGACUGACACCCUGUGUGACUAAGCAUGUUUCUUCUGUGAGCACUUGGAAAGAAGAACAAAACAAAUUCUUGAAGAAAAAUGAGAAAUUGAAUCGUCCAGUGUCACCACACAUCACCAUUUACAGGUUUCCAUUGCCUGCACUGCUGUCAGGUUCACAUCGUUUCACAGGACUUGGAGUUUAUGCUGGACUUGCUGUCUUUGGGCUUAGUGCAAACUUUCUUCCUGGUGGUUUUGAAUCCAGUCUUGCGAUUGUCAAGUCAUGGUCAUAUGGAGCAGCACUUUUGUUCCUGACUAAAUUGUAUGUUGUCUGGCCAUUCUGUUAUCACUACAUGAAUGGAAUACGACAUAUGAUCUGGGAUACUGGCCGAGGUAUGGACAUGAAAUCAAUGUACACAACUGGCUAUGCCGUGCUGUGCUCAUCUAUAGCUGUUGCCCUUGCACUUGCACUCUGGUAAUUCUUUGAUCAACACAUGUAACAUAGUAAGAUGCAAUGUAGAGGCUGCUAUGUGUACAUGUAGAUUUCAUAGUUAUGCUUUCUCGUUGAAUGUGUCAACAAAGAUGGCUGUCCGUAAGUGCAGUAUACUUUCAUCAUUUGUGUUUCAGUGUUUUCUUCAGUUAAAGCAGACAAUUGCAUGAUUUUGAAAAAAAUUAUAAGGAAGUUUAAUUGCUGUGGGUUUCUCAGAAAUGUGCUCUUUUAUUUUUUUAUAUGAGUCACUUUUCAUGAAAGUAAUAAACACCGCUUGAACAUGUACACAUUGCAUGUGUCCCAUGUUCAAGUGUAUGAAAAGGAAACUGAAACAUUUGAUAAAGUGAUAUGGGUUGAUUUAGGCCGUUGUGAUAUAUGCCCAACUGUGUUCUCAACAUCAUCACAUUUUUAUCACUUUCCAUAACAAUUAUUUCCUUUUUCAUUUUGACAUUUAUUACUGAGGAAUGGAGAGGAAAUUAA